AAGGUUCCCACGCGGAAGGUUGACAUACGUCGCACAGCUGGAAAUAUCUCCCUCGCUCGCUCUCUCGCUUGCCUUCCCCCUAAAUCGGCGGGAGAUAAAAAACGCAGCGACAAGACAAAGAAAACCUCAACGGCGGCAGAGGUGCUCUAUCUUCUUCUAAAAAUUCGUAACUUUGUCGGGGCGUUCUUCGGUCAUCUCCCAAUCAAUCAUCAAUGGCAGCCCUGACCGGUAGAGUCAACCUCACUCCAGGUGCAAACGCCUCCCUUCUACGGCGGACAGCUCCCAGAAACCAUGAAUCAUCAAAAAGAUUCGAUUUUUUGAGGAUUAACGUUUCUAUGGGAGUAAGAGCGCGGGCUACGGCCUCAACUUGGUCUCCAGGUAGCUGGAAAUCGAAGAGGGCGCUCCAGAUUCCAACCUACCCGGACCCGGCGGAGCUGGAGUCCGUCCUCCGGAAUUUGGAGACCUAUCCGCCGCUUGUGUUCGCCGGCGAGGCGAGGAAGCUUGAGGAGAGACUGGGUGAGGCUGCCAUGGGGAGGGCGUUCCUUCUCCAGGGGGGCGACUGCGCCGAGAGCUUCAAGGAGUUUAACGCCAAUAACAUCAGAGAUACAUUUAGGGUUUUGCUGCAGAUGGGAGUUGUGUUAGCAUUUGGAGGACAGAUGCCCAUCAUUAAGGUUGGAAGAAUGGCAGGGCAAUUUGCCAAACCACGAUCGGAGCCCUUUGAGACCAUUGAUGGUGUGAAGCUUCCUAGUUAUCAGGGAGACAACAUCAACAAUGAUGUUUUUAGCGAAGAGGCUCGAAGGCCCGAUCCGAAAAGGUUGAUUAGAGCCUAUAGCCAAUCUGCAAGUACUUUGAAUCUUCUUAGAGCAUUUGCUACAGGAGGCUAUGCAUCUAUUCAAAGAGUUACAAAAUGGAAUCUUGAUUUCGUGGAGCACAGUGAGCAAGGGAAUAGAUAUAUGGAGUUGGCACAGAGGGUAGAUGACGCUCUUGGAUUCAUGAUUGCUGCUGGUCUUACUGGUGAUCAUCCUAUAAUGACGACAACAGAUUUCUGGACAUCACAUGAAUGUCUUCACCUGCCUUAUGAGCAAGCACUUACGAGAGAGGAUUCGACAACGGGUCUCUACUAUGAUUGUUCAGCUCAUAUGUUGUGGGUUGGUGAGAGGACUCGACAACUUGAUGGUGCACAUGUUGAAUUUCUUCGUGGGGUGUCCAAUCCUUUGGGCAUAAAGGCGAGUGACAAGAUGGAUCCUUCCGAGCUUGUGAAAUUGUGUGAGAUUUUGAAUCCUCACAACAAGCCUGGUAGAUUGACCAUAAUUGCACGCAUGGGAGCUGAGAACAUGAAACUAAAGCUUCCACAUCUGAUCAGAGCCGUGCGGCAGGCUGGACUCAUAGUUACUUGGGUGAGCGACCCCAUGCAUGGAAACACCAUGAAGGCUCCAUGUGGCUUGAAGACGCGCUCAUUUGAUGCUAUUAGAUCUGAACUGAGGGCAUUCUUUGACGUCCACGAACAAGAGGGGAGCCACCCCAGCGGAGUUCAUUUGGAAAUGACAGGGCGAAAUGUAACUGAGUGUAUCGGUGGGUCAAAGGCUGUGACCUUCGAUGAUUUGAGCUCUAGAUAUCACACACACUGUGAUCCCAGACUGAAUGCUUCACAGUCUUUAGAGCUGGCUUUCGCUGUUGCUGAGAGACUGAGGAAGAGAAGAGCAAGAUCGUGGAAGAACUGGGUUUUUGACGAUCAGCAGAAGACUGCUGUUGUAUAAGGGAAUAAUAAGCUGAUGUGGUUUUUGUAUUUACAGCUACUUCCCUGGUUUAUUUUUCACUUUUAUGUUUCCAAUUUUCUGCUAGAGUUUUAAAACGUUGAAAUUUAUCUGUUACAUGGUCUUAUUAUAUAUAUAAUUUCCAUAUUUUCUUUGAACAGUA